GAGUUCUCUGAGUUUAUCUGGAGGAUCUGACGCUUUUAUAAGACCCCAAAAAAAUUAUCCAAAAGAUUAUGUUGAGCUCGCAGUCUCUCCGGCGCAGCGGCGUCUUCUUCGGAUCUUUAAAAGUUCUGCAGAGACGGUGGACCCCGCAUGCAGGACCCUCUGCAGCGAGUCGUGGCAUUCAUGUGGACUCUCCACCCAUCAUCCCGUCUCUCACGACCAGCUACGCCCACGGCACGUCUAACAUAUCUCUGCGCCACACUACAGUCGGAGAGACCCUGCUAAAGACUGUUGAGCGCUGGCCGGACCGAGAGGCUGUGAUCUUUGUACAAGACGGAGUCCGCAAGACCUUUGCACAGCUUCAGCAGGAUGUGGAUCAGGUUGCAGCAGGGCUGCUGGCAAUUGGGCUGCAGAAAGGAGACCGUCUUGGGAUGUGGGCACCCAACAUUUAUGAAUGGAUCCUAAUCCAGUAUGCAACAGCCAGAGCUGGUAUUAUAUUGGUGACUGUGAACCCAGCGUACCAGGUGCAGGAGGCGGAGUACGUUUUGCGGGCGUCUGGGUGUAAAGCCGUCGUGUGCCCGACGCAGUUCAAGACUCAGAACUACAGUGACAUGCUGAGAGAGUUAUGUCCGGGUAUCGAGUCGUCCACCCCGGGGGACAUCAGGAGUGCCAGACUCCCCGACCUCCGCUCCGUGAUCAUAUUGGACAGUCGACAACCAGGAACGUUCCACUUUGAGGACGUGAUGCAGGCCGGCAGCAGCAGCUUCGUGCAGCAGCUCCAGGACCUGCAGAAGAAGCUCUUCUCGGACGACCCCAUAAACAUCCAGUUCACUUCGGGAACAACUGGGGUGCCCAAGGGUGCCACCUUGUCUCAUCACAACAUCGUAAACAACUCCUACUUUGUGGGGAAGAGAAUGGGAUACACCUGGAACCCCUUCAAUCGCAUCUGUGUCCCUUUGCCGCUGUUCCACUGCUUCGCCUCCGUGGGGGGGUCGCUGUGCAUGGCCGUGCACGGCGUGACCGUGGUCUUUCCCUCUGCCGGGUACGACGGAAAGGCCAACUUGGUGGCUAUGGAGAGCGAAAGGUGCACCUUCAUCUACGGCACCCCCACCAUGUUUAUCGAUUUGAUCAACCAGCCGGACUUUGUUAAAUAUGACUUGUCGUCAGUCAAGGGAGGCAUCAUCGGUGGCUCCCCGUGUCCUCCAGAAAUCGUGAAGAAGAUCAUUUCUGAGAUGGGCGUCAAGGAAAUAACUAUUGUGUACGGCACCACGGAGAACAGCCCUGUGACCUUCUGCCCGGCGCCCACCGACAACAUGGAGAGGAAGUCCGAGACCGUCGGCUACAUCAUGGAACACACAGAGGCUAAAAUCGUGGACAAUAACACGGGUCAGGUGGUUCCAUUGGGGACGACGGGGGAGCUCCAGAUCCGCGGCUACUGCGUGAUGUUGGGUUACUGGGGCGACGAGGCCAAAACACGAGAGGCCAUCACCAAGACCGGCUGGUACAAAACCGGAGACCUCGCCACCAUGGACACGUUCAGCUACUGCCGGAUUGUUGGUCGCAUUAAGGACAUGAUCAUCAGGGGGGGAGAGAACAUUUACCCGGCGGAGAUCGAACAGUUCCUGCAAACGCACGUCAAGGUCAAGGAGGUGCAGGUGGUCGGCGUCCAGGACGACCGAUUGGGCGAAGAGGUGUGUGCCUGCAUCCGGCUGAAAGACGGCGAGAAAUGCACCGUAGAGGAGAUGAAAGCUUUCUGCAAAAAUAAAAUCGCGCACUUUAAGAUCCCUCGCUACUUCCUGUUUGUGACCAGUUACCCGUUGACUGCCAGUGGAAAGAUCCAGAAGCAUAUACUAACCGAGGAGGCGGAGAAGCAGCUCGGACUCAGAACCAAGAGAACCCAAAAACUAAAUCACGGAACAUAAAGCCGGCCGGCAGAAAUGAUGUCUGGCUGUAAAUCAUUGUUUUACUUAUAAAGGUAUACCUCCAAACCAACACCACCAGAGAGUGUGUGUGACAGUGUGUGUUUGUUUAAAAAAAUAAAAAACAGUACUCGAAUAUGUGAAAGUUAGAGCUUUUUGUUUGUUUUUUAAUCAACUAUAUAUGUGUGUAAGAUUGAGAUGAUCACAUUGUUGGUGUAAUAAUAUUGACUGUGAAGUUGUUGUCCAAAUUGAAUCUCGGUUCUUUUUAUCCUGUGAAAAGCAGCAACAGUAUACAUAAAAAAAACCCUCCUUAUCCAGGAUGAAUGAGUGUAUUUUUAUAUCUCUCACCUCGGAUUCCAAUGCAUACAAAAUAAUAAUAAACUUUUAAACAAUG